AUCUUAGUGGCUCCAUAACAACUCCAGAUGUUAAGCUAAAUCUUGGAGGAGAAUUCAUCAAAGAAUCUACUGCAACUACAUUCCUAAGACAGAGAGGGUAUGGCUGGGUUCUGGAAGUGGAAGAUGAUGACCCAGAAGAUAACAAGCCACUCCUGGAAGAACUCGACAUUGAUCUGAAAGAUAUUUACUACAAAAUUCGAUGUGUGCUGAUGCCUAUGCCAUCUCUUGGGUUUAAUAGGCAGGUCGUGAGAGACAAUCCAGACUUUUGGGGUCCUCUGGCAGUUGUCCUCUUCUUCUCAAUGAUUUCCUUAUAUGGACAAUUUAAGGUUGUUUCUUGGAUUAUAACUAUUUGGAUAUUUGGAUCCUUGACAAUUUUUUUACUGGCCAGGGUUCUUGGAGGAGAAGUUGCUUAUGGCCAAGUUCUUGGUGUGAUAGGAUAUUCCCUACUUCCCCUCAUUGUCAUAGCACCUGUACUUUUGGUGGUCGGAUCAUUUGAAGUUGUUUCUACCCUAAUAAAAUUGUUUGGAGUCUUUUGGGCUGCAUACAGUGCUGCAUCAUUACUAGUUGGAGAAGAAUUCAAGACCAAGAAACCCCUUCUAAUUUAUCCAAUCUUUUUAUUAUACAUUUAUUUUCUGUCCUUGUACACUGGGGUGUGAUCUAGCGGAAGAUGUGGCCAGAAACCAUAUUUUAUUCACUUGCAGACUGAUAAUGCUUAAGAUUAAGGAGGCUGGAGAUAAUGCAAGUGACUGUUUUGUAUCCAGUUGUCAAGAUGUUUUAAGAUCGAAGAGCAUAUUUGUGUAUAUUAUUUAAUGAAGCAAUUGUAGCUAUAUAGAUUUGUAUCAAAGUUCCAGGUUUGUUUAAGACUCUCCAGAUUUUAAUGAACAAAAUAAAAGAACCUUGCGUUUUUUAAGAAAGCAUAGCAAAACCACAACUUGAUACCUGUGCCAAAAGCACGAGGACCAGAUUACUAUAUUCGAGGAGAAAAAAAAAUGAGAAGUCAACUGUAACACUCUCAAAGUGCAAUUUUUCUUUUGAGCUUAAACACAGCUGGCUUUUUUGGCACAGCAAAUUCUGUAGAUAAUAUAUAUUUAUGAACCAGUCCUGAUUGUUCACAGAAUAGUCUGUAUAAUAAAGACAUGAAGAUACUACUUUUAAUUUAGUGCCUCAAUUACUUUGAUUCGGCUAUUGAGUUUUUAUAAAUUCCAGUUUGUUUUCAAAACAUGUACAUACUGUGUAUUUUGUAUCUAUGGCUUGUGUGUAGCGCAAAUAUUCCUUGGUUAAGGAUGUAUAUUGGGUUUUUAAAAAGUGAAGAUACAAGUAUUUGAAGUCUUCAUUUACUACUCUGACCAAAGGAGCAAGAUAUUUACUGCGUGACAUAAUUAAAGUGCAUAUUUAGAGAAUCAAAUUAUUUUACUUAAAAAGUAUAAAUUUACAGAGAAACAGGUGAACACCUUUCUCAACUGUAGUGCUGGCUUAAUGUUGGAGAAAAAGAUGAGCUAUCAAAUUUGUGUGGUCUUUAAACAAUGUUAUUUUAUGAUGACAAAAUAAAAAUAAUGCUUCCCUAACUAUGUUUUACAACAUCUUGCUCUGUCUUGCUUUUAAUAGCAUGGUAUUUAACAUGCAUCCAUCUUUUUUUGUCCCUGGUACUAUCAAUCCCUUGUAAAGAGAAAUAAAAAAAGAUUUCUAAGGCCAGAUUCUCCCUUCCCUAAAUAAGGCAGAAUUACAGCCUUAGUAACAUUACAGUCUUGCUAAUUUUGACUAUCCAAGGAUUAUGUAAUAAUGUGAUGACAUGUUAAAUAUUUCCUGUGUGCUGUGUUGAUUGCUUAUGUAAUGGUCCUUAUGGUAAUGUUUCUUCGCAAGGGAAGUCCGCUGAAGUUCACUUUGCAUGGUACUAACUUAGGCAUUUGCAAUCUUCAGUAUUUAGUAUUGCCAAAUGGAUCUUAAAUUUCUUAGUAGGUUUUUUUUUUUUGGUAACAAAGCAUUCCUGGUGUCUUUUAUGUUUUAAUGCUGCAAAUAAAACUCACCCAUGAUAAGGUAAUAGUAAGGGCUGUCUUUGAUCCCUGAAGGACAUACUACUUUAUCAGAACUGUAGUUUUUCAGCUUUUUAGACUCUGUAACUUGCCAUUUUAGUAACUUAUUUUUACCACUCAUUAGUGAUGCAAAAUAUAUAAAUUCCAA